CGCUGUAAACAGGCAACGACAUCAAGACACAAACCUUGCACCUUUAACAUGUCUAAGAUGAAUAACGUCGAGUUUGAGCGUUUAGAUAGCUUGGAGGGCUGGGUCGCUAUUAAAAGUAACCUGUUUGAAGAAAAAGAGACGUUUAAGCUGGGAUUUAUAGUGCAGUGGAAUGUGAUCGAGUCCAAGUUUGCUGUCACCUGUCACAACAGAACACUGCAACGGCAGAAACGUAAAGACGAAGUCGUGGUCGGUGACAAAGAGACGAGCUGGGCUGGACUGUUCUCUGUAAACGACCUGGGAAAUAUUCAUCAACAGCUAACGUGCGUUGCCGAUGUCUUAGGACCUUAUUUUCCCGAUUUAUCCGAGUUUGAAGAGGGGAAUAUUUGGGACUUGAUAUUCCCGAGUCGGAGAUCGAGUCUGGACGACGGUUUAAGGGAUUUUGACAUGUCCUGUCGAAGACUUGAAAAAUAUUUCAGCACGGCUAUUGAUGUCUGUGGGCGCAAGAUAGUGCUCGACUUGUUGUUCUCACAGGACGAGCGAGAUGUCGACGAAUACUUCGAAAAUCUACAGGAGUUUAAGAAGAAGACGUUACAGGAAGAGGUGUCGAGGGCAAAGGACCACCUGCGAAGACUUCUGCAGCGCCACAGUGAGGUUGACAGAAUGGUUCUGCUCCUCAGCAUCUACCAGGAAGAGGACCAGGCCUACCACGAGCUGGUCACAGUCGCCACCACCUUCUUUCAGUACCUACUCCAGCCAUUCAGAGACAUGAGAGAGCUUGCCUGCCUCUACAAGAUGGAGAUCCUGAAGUCAUUGGAUUUUGAGGAGUUGGGUCCUAAGAGAAUUGCAACUCUGGAGAAGGAGGCGGAAGAAUGGAGGAGACGAGCAGAGGACGCAGUCUCCUCAAUUCAGGACAUCACCGUUAGCUAUUUUGUACAGACCUCAAAGGCCCUGGCUGGUAUGUUAAAGCAGAUGGAAGAGGAUAAGUGUCGUUUUGGACCUGCUGCUUGGGCAUCAGCCACUCCUAGACUCGAGAAACUGCGCUUCCUAUUGGCCAAAGAAACCCUGCAGCAUAUGAGAGCCACAGAGAUGUGCCUCAACCGCAAAAAAGACAGCAUCAGAGAAAGAUUGGAAGGUCUUGGCAAGGACUGUGGACCACUGUCUGGGUCUGCAUCUAGUAGCGGCCAGCAGCAGAAGACCGUGGACCAGCUAGAGCUGCAGUUUUAUGAGGCCCAGUUGGAACUCUACGACACCAAAUUCGAGAUCCUGAAAAACGAGGAGCAGCUGCUGGUGGCCCAGAUAGACACCCUGCGAAGGCAGAUUAGAGAAUUGAAGGAGGAAGUGGUGUAUUAUGACGUGUGCGAGGAUCCAGAGGAGUUAAGGAGCCUGGUCCACACAGGCAUACAGCAGCUAGGCUCUACCGAUGUCAAUCAGCUGAGAAGACGCCUACAGACACUAGAGACCAAGAGAGGCAACAUCUGUGCCAGGCGAGCUUACCUCCGCAACAAGAAGGAUCAGUGCAUGGAGGCCCAUGAGCAGAAGCAGCAUACAGCUGAGGAAAGCUCCAUACAUUUCAAACAGCACCAUCAAGUCCACCUGAGGCGAGAAAUGAAGAAAGAAGAGGAGCAGAGGAGGAAGGAGUGGGUGGACCAGGAGAGAGAGAAGACCCUCAGUCGACUACGAUCCUUCAGAGAGAAGCGACAGGGCCAGUAUGUCCUGAAGACUCCUCAGCCCAAGAUAUCUGCACCAAUGGAGCUGGCAUGUUCUGACCCCUCUCAGCCACUUUCCAUUAUCAGCCUUGAUCCCCCUUCCACCUGUGGAUUUUCUGCACCCACCAAAAGGAGAACACCCAAGAAACAACAGUCCCCCAAACCCAAAGACAUCCCUGUCCAAAUCUACACCCCACCACCACCACCAUCAUCAUCAACAGCAAACCCUCUUGCAACCACAGCACUGCCUCCCCCACCCCCACCCCCACCCCCACCAUUACCACCUCUGACUUCCCCUCCUUCACCUUUGACUGCCCCCCCUCCCUCCCAGGACACACCAGUGCCACUCAGUGAGAAGGAGACUGCCCCUUUCCCUGCCAGGAACACCCUCAAAGACAACAUAGGAACGAUGGACGAGGUGCUGGCCUCAUUGCAGCGUGGGCAAAUCCAGCUUCGGAAGGCUCCAAGCCCCCGUUCCCCUGCGAGAGCGCCAUCUGCAGGGGACUUGAGGAACAACCUGAUGUUGGCGAUCCGACAGGGAGUUACCCUGAAGAAGGUGAUCCCUGUGCGUGCCGAAGCCCAGCACAGCGGUGACAACGAGCUGGAGCGCAGCAUCAAAGCUGCCAUGCAGAGGAUGAAGAAGGUGUCAGCCAACUCUGAUGACGAGGACGGAGAUGAUCAGACACAGUCUUCAGAAUGGGACAGUUGAGAAUAUGCAUAUAUAUACACACACACACACACAAAAACACUAGUGAAGAGAUUCCCUGAAGUCGGUUAUUCUGACUUUGAUUGUUUUAAAAAAAUGAACUUAAUUAUCCUCCCCUGUGCAUAAGUGUGGAGCAAUUACAGUCACCGUGCCUGAGAUAAGAUGGGAAAUGCAUUUAUGACAAUGCAGUGUAGAAAAAUCGCACGUUUUUUCUGCAUUUCUUUACUUUCCUGGGCAACAACACACAUGUUGCCUGGUUUCCAUCUUUUGCACUGAUUAAAAUCUGCUGGUCAUAUUUGCCACGUCAACAUAACCCGGAGGUGUUAGAUAUACCACCAAAAGUGUUUUAAAUCAAAAUAGUUGAGCUAGAGUUUAAGCAAGAGGUUUGUCUUUUUUCAGGGUUGUUGGUUUACAGAAAUCCCAAGCUGAUCUAGAACAGCCAAGUAGUAGUAUGCAAUGGAUGGAGCCAUGUCUCUGUGAGCCUUUUGUGACACUGACACUGACAAAGGAGGAAAAAAAACUCACACAAACGGGGGAAGUAGAACAGAACACCCUGUGAGGCAAAGAAGACUGGGAAACCGUUUGAAACAACUGGAACUCCACUGUCCUUGAAUACACAUUUAUCUCUUUGCUGACUGCACUCAGCAGCUGACAUCUAUGAGUUUAGACAAUAGUCUGUAAAGCACUUUUUUUUGUUGCUUAGAUACUUUGUGAGAGCUGCAGAAAAUCAUAGGUUGCAUAGCUUUUACAGUUUAUUGUCUUAAAAAACUGAACAAUUGAUCAUGAAGUCUUGUAGUGCAGUACAGUUAAUUGCAAUCUACAUUUUAAUGCCAUUAUUAAUGUUGGAGACUGCCACAUGUAGUGUCCCCGUCUUGUCUCUUGAAAUGAGAACUUUUUAAACGUUUGCCUAAUAUUUUAAAAUAUGAGGUAUAAGCUUAGCUAAGACAUUCAUUACAUGAUCUUAUGUCUUCCUCCAUGAUGCCAUAACAAAUGGAGCUUGAAUGUUGAACUGUUUUGCCUUUUGUAACCAACAGUUUUUCAUUAAACACGACACAUGGGUGAUGCAUAAAUAUAUUUGCAUUCCAGUUUAACAUGCUCUGCUUACUCACAUAUCCCGAGCAAAAUCUUUGAUGAGCAAGUUGAUAAGAGAUUCUUGAUGGUCAGGGCCCAACGUAAUGCUUUUGACCUUUGAACCAGAGUCGCAGCACUUGAUUUUUUUUUCUUACCUCUCAAAGAGAUGAUGCUAUAACAGCUAAGAGAGCAAUGAAGCACUGAUCCCUUUUUUUUCCUUUUUCUUCGUUUUCCAUUGGAGUUAUAAGAAAAACAGUCGUGUUCAAAUGCCUUGAGGAUUAGGACAUUGGAUGCUAUACUGUGCAUUAUUAAAAGAUUUCC